GAACACCGCAUUCGACGCACGCGAGAGCUGCAGCGGACAAACGCGAUUGGUGCCGACAAGCAUUUCGGUGAUUCCGCAACGCACGGACAGAGCGAGCCGAGCUACAACUUAGCCACAUGUUUAUAUCAUCUGUUCGGACUGAUUUAUUCCGGAAUUCGCGUUUGUUUUUUUAAGAAAAAAAGGGGAAAAGAGAGGAAGGGUCUGAAAACGUCCCCGUUGAGACUGCGAUGUUUGAUGUGAAUUGCUUCUUCAAGGUCUCACAGGAGAGCUAGCGGGGCACAGCCGGCGAAUUCAAGCGGAGCCAGAAGAGCCAACAACAGUUAGCUAGCUGUAGCCUGUUAGCUACCCGUUAGCUUAGGAGCCACUAACUCGUUCACUCUCGCCAGGCACCUGCACGCCGUGCUGUCCUGAGUAAAAGCUAAUUAACCGGUAACAGUCGACCAAGUGCGGGCCCGCUCUAUUAUUUAUAAGUAUUAUUUGUUCAAAGUGCCGGAGUGACGUCGAAGGAGGAGAGAACCGUGACAGGCUGAGGUUGGGACCAACAGGGCGAAACGAGCGCUGUCCUUAAGUGGCCGUACACCAUGGACAACGCACACACAAAGACGGUUGAAGAAGUUUACAGCUUUUUUAACGUGAAUGAAAGCACAGGUCUGAGUUUAGAGCAGGUGAAGAAACAACGGGAACGAUAUGGAGCAAACGAAUUGCCAGCUGAGGAGGGUAAAUCUCUUUGGGAGCUAGUGGUUGAACAGUUUGAAGAUUUGCUUGUGAGGAUCCUUUUACUUGCUGCCUGCAUAUCCUUUGUACUGGCCUGGUUCGAAGAGGGAGAGGAAACCGUUACAGCCUUUGUGGAGCCUUUCGUUAUCCUACUUAUUCUCAUAGCAAAUGCUAUUGUAGGAGUCUGGCAGGAGCGAAAUGCAGAAAAUGCCAUUGAAGCACUCAAGGAGUAUGAGCCGGAGAUGGGGAAGGUCUACCGCCAGGAUAGGAAGAGUGUCCAGAGAAUCAAGGCCAGGGACAUUGUGCCUGGGGACAUUGUGGAGGUGGCCGUUGGUGAUAAAGUGCCUGCAGACAUCAGGCUGACUUCUAUCAAGUCAACCACUCUGAGGGUAGACCAAUCAAUUCUCACAGGAGAGUCUGUGUCUGUGAUCAAACACACUGACCCGGUGCCUGACCCACGUGCUGUCAACCAGGACAAGAAGAACAUGCUCUUUUCUGGCACCAACAUUGCAGCUGGAAAGGCUGUCGGUGUGGUGGUGGCCACAGCCGGCAACACAGAAAUAGGCAAAAUCCGGGAUGAGAUGGCAUCAACAGAGCAGGAGCGCACACCACUGCAGCAGAAGCUGGACGAGUUUGGACAGCAACUAUCCAAGGUCAUUACACUGAUCUGCAUUGCUGUGUGGAUCAUCAAUAUUGGACAUUUCAAUGAUCCUGUUCAUGGAGGCUCCUGGAUCCGUGGCGCUGUCUAUUACUUCAAGAUUGCUGUGGCCUUGGCUGUUGCAGCUAUUCCUGAAGGUCUGCCUGCUGUCAUCACUACUUGCCUGGCUCUGGGAACACGGCGCAUGGCCAAGAAGAAUGCCAUUGUCCGCAGUUUGCCCUCUGUGGAGACCCUUGGCUGUACAUCUGUCAUCUGCUCUGACAAGACUGGCACAUUGACCACCAAUCAGAUGUCUGUGUGCAGGAUGUUCAUCAUUGACCAGGCAGCGAAUGAUAGCUGUACAUUAAAGGAGUUCUCUGUCACUGGCUCUACAUAUGCCCCAGAUGGAGAAGUGUAUCAAGACAACAAACCAGUCAAAUGUUCCCAGUACGAUGCUCUGGUGGAGCUGGCCUCUAUCUGUGCUCUCUGUAAUGAUUCCUCAUUAGACUAUAAUGAGGCCAAAGGAGUGUAUGAGAAGGUGGGUGAGGCGACGGAGACCGCUCUCACAUGCCUGGUGGAGAAGAUGAACGUGUUCGACACAGAUGUUAAAGGCCUGUCCAAGAUUGAGAGAGCCAAUGCUUGUAAUUCUGUGAUCAAACAGCUGAUGAAGAAAGAGUUUACACUGGAAUUUUCCAGAGAUAGGAAGUCCAUGUCUGUGUACUGCACUCCUAAUAAGGCCCGUUCUUCUGUUGGCAAGAUGUUUGUAAAGGGUGCCCCCGAGGGAGUGAUUGACAGGUGCACACACAUCCGUGUAGGCAGUAACAAGGUGCCCUUGACCCCUGGCAUCAAGGAAAAACUGAUGUCUGUGAUCAGAGAAUAUGGAACUGGCAGGGACACCCUGCGCUGUCUGGCUCUGGCCACCCGAGACAGCAGCAUGAGCAAAGACGACUUAGUGUUGGAAGACUCCAGCCGCUUUAUUGAAUACGAGACUGAUCUGACGUUUGUCGGCUGUGUGGGCAUGCUGGAUCCACCCAGGGCAGAGGUGGCAGCCUCUAUCAGACUUUGCCGUCUUGCAGGCAUCCGUGUAAUUAUGAUCACUGGAGACAACAAGGGGACGGCGGUUGCCAUCUGUAGACGUAUUGGUAUUUUUGGAGAAGACGAUGAUGUUUCCAGCAUGGCAUUCACUGGCCGAGAGUUUGAUGACCUGUCCCCUGCAGCACAGAGGGAUGCUGUGGUCAAAGCCCGCUGCUUUGCCCGAGUUGAGCCUUCACACAAAUCCAAGAUUGUUGAGUUUCUGCAGUCCUAUGAUGAGAUCACAGCUAUGACUGGCGAUGGAGUAAACGAUGCUCCUGCUCUAAAGAAGGCUGAAAUUGGUAUUGCCAUGGGCUCCGGCACUGCUGUGGCCAAGACCGCCUCUGAGAUGGUGCUUGCUGAUGACAACUUCUCCACCAUUGUAGCUGCAGUCGAGGAAGGCAGAGCCAUUUAUAACAACAUGAAACAGUUCAUCAGAUACCUCAUCUCCUCAAACGUGGGCGAGGUUGUCUGCAUCUUCCUGACUGCGGCUCUGGGGUUCCCCGAAGCCCUCAUCCCUGUCCAGCUGCUCUGGGUCAACCUGGUGACAGAUGGUUUGCCCGCCACUGCUUUGGGCUUCAACCCACCUGACUUGGAUAUCAUGAGCAAGCCACCACGUAACGCCCGAGAGCCCCUCAUCUCUGGAUGGCUCUUCUUCAGAUACCUAGCUAUCGGAUGUUAUGUGGGUGCUGCCACUGUUGGUGCUGCUGCAUGGUGGUUCGUUGCUGCUGAGGAUGGACCAAGGAUCACCUUUUACCAGCUGAGCCACUUCCUGCAGUGUGGUCCAGAGAACCCAGACUUCACAAAUCUGGACUGUAAGAUCUUUGAGUCUCCUUACCCAAUGACCAUGGCCCUGUCUGUGCUGGUCACCAUUGAGAUGUGCAAUGCUCUGAACAGUGUGUCAGAGAACCAGUCGCUGCUGAGGAUGCCUCCCUGGGAGAAUGUGUGGCUGCUGGGAGCCAUCUGCCUCUCCAUGUCCCUUCACUUCCUCAUCCUCUAUGUGGAGCCUCUUCCAAUCAUCUUCCAGAUCACCCCUCUGAACCUGACACAGUGGCUGAUGGUGCUCAAGAUAUCACUGCCUGUCAUUCUUUUGGAUGAGUUCCUCAAGUUUGCCGCCAGGAACUACCUGGAGCCUGGUAAAAAACUGGAGAAGCCUGCCAGCUCCAAAGGCUGCUGCCUCACUGCAUGCAUGGAGGGCAUCUCCUGGCCUUUUGUGGCCGUUUCCCUCCCCUUGGUCCUCUGGAUCUACAGCUCCGACACUAACAUGGCCGACAUGUUCUGGUCCUGACUGACUUGAGCACAUCUUCGACUUUUCCAUUCCCUGACCCCCACCAUCACUUCCCCCUUUCAUCCCCUCCCCACCCCGUCUUCCCACAUGUGCGUAGAUAGCGUGUGUGCGUGGUUGUAGGUUAGCGUGUGUACUUGUGUGUGCCUACCGUGUGUGUGUAUGAGAAGGACCAACUUUAAAACAUGAAACGUAACAAAUAAUAUAAGACGACGACAUUGAGAGGUCACCUGGUUUGAGUUGGGGUAGGAAUUGAGAACAGGUGAGGCUUUAAAUGCGAGUGUUAGAACACCAUCACUCCCAUAGCUUUGGACUUUGUUGCUGGUUUGAGAGAAAAUAUACUAUUGCCAUUUUUUUUCUUAAUGUUAAUAUUGCCUUUAAGGUUUAUAUUUUAAUGAUUUUGGGAAUAUCAUUUGUCUCAUGUCACUACAGAAGAUUCAUUUGUUUAGCAUCCCUCUCCAAGGAAAUUAAGAUAUCAGAAUCAGUUGAUCUGUACAGAGAUUGAAUUUUAUGCAACAUUUUUUUUUUUAAUGGCUAUGUAAAUUUUUUGACCGGCGUGGCUUAGACAUUACCGCCUUGAUUUAUUUUCUAAUGUUUACCAUUGUGUCUUCAGUAUAAACUCAGAACUCUUUCAGAGAAGGAGAAGCUCCAUGGUGCAGACAAGGACGGGGGGAAAGGUUUGGGAGUUGAACGUUUGAAUGCUCCGCUGAAACAAAAGAAAACAAAAUCCAAAAAAAAAACAAAAAUCCGCAUGUCCUGUGACAAAGCAUGAACUCUAUGUGGUUUCUCAUUUCUAAUUUAAUUAUGUGUGCCCCCCCCAUGUUCGAGUAUAAAAUAACUUCCUGGAUGUUUUUUUUUUUUUCUUUUUUUUUACAAUAAUGAAUUGAUGAUAAGCCAGUUUUUCUGCACUGGGCAGAGCACAGCUACCUCAAUAUGAUAAAAAGAUUUUUGUUUUGCUCAUCUCUAGAUGCUGUUCCUUAAUGGACUUGCUAAAGUGUAACAUCUGAGGUGUGCCCCUAUUUGCUUGUGCAGAAAACAGAACAAAAUUUUCCUUCCCUCUAACAUUUUUAAGGAUAUAUUUUGUUUGUAUUGAUUUUUUUUUUUUUUUUUGACACAUUAACUUUAUUCGUGGUCUUUGCUUUGGAGACAGAGCUGAGUGGGGAUGAUGUUAUGUUUAACCAUCGCCAUGGCGUUUGAUUCAAAGGACAUAAUCAUUAAAACUUAAUAAAAAAAAUACUAAUAGUACUCAAAAUGAACUUGGAUUGCAAAUAAGAACCCAAAAUGUUGUUUUUUACUUCAAAGAAAAAUACACUCAUAAACCCUUUGAAUCAAAGUGUUUUCUGUCUUUAUUUGUUGAGGCCAGUGGUUUUCAACAUUAUUCAUAUCCAGUGUUUUUUGUAUGUACAUAUAAUACUUGAAUACAGCUCAUUUCAUACAUAUGAAUGCUUCAGUUUCCUUGGCACAACUUGACAGGCAGGAGACACUCAAGACACAGAAAAGAACCAGCUCAUGUGUAUAUCUGACUCUUACAGGCUUUAAUAUUUAGAUAUUAGUUUGUGCUGGACUACUUUGUGGUAGUGUAUACAUGUUGGAUCCAGGCCCCAUACAGUCAACUGCACUCAUCUUAGACCUCUUACUUUGUAUGGAGAAAAAAAAAAAACACCCCCAACUAAAAGCAUGUUUUUUGGGUAGAAGCCUGGGUUUUUGCUCGCUGUGUGUUUGUGUUCCACUUUACAACAACUGUGUGCUUUUUCUUCCUCAAUGCCUUCCGUUGGCUCCCCUGUCAGUAGAGUGAGUAUCCAUUUGCUUUUUUCACACUCCAGUUCACCACAGCAGAAUCUCGGGGAAACAAAAGGACAGCAGAGACUUUUAGAUCACAUGCCACUAUUGUGAAUGUCACUGUGUGCUGUUCUUUUCAC